GUGAGUGUGUGUGUGUGCGCGCGCGCUUGCAAGCAUACGUGUAUGUCUGUGUGGAAGAGAGAGAGAGAGAGAGAGAGAGAGAGAGACGCAUGGGCUCAGAGCUCUGCCUGAACCUCACCCUCAGACUCUGCAGUUGCCGGGAACCCAUCCUGAUCACUUUGGGGUAACUGUGAGUGGAUUUGGCUGGUAAAUCAAAGGCUCGGUUCCAAUGCUUCAGGAGAACAAGCUCCUGAGAGGGGCUCCCCGGCAGCAGCGGUGGCAGCGCUGAUUCCAUUGGGGAUGCCAAGGACCGCACCCACAUUUUUCAGUUUGUGCUGCCUGUGGGCCCAACACCUUCAGGACCAUGUUUGAUGGGGAGCCAGGCACAGGCCCAGCAGCGGCCUCACGGAAUGUGGUACGCAGCUCCAGCAUCAGCGGUGAGGUGUUUGGUGGUGGCGGGGAGCAGGCUGGGGGCACAGCUGGGGCCAGCACUGCCAAGAAGCGCCGCAGCAGUCUGGGGGCCAAGAUGGCAGCCAUCGUGGGCUUGACCCAGAGAAGCCGGAGCUCCCUACAGCUACCCCAGCCAGAAGGUGGAACCAAGAAACUACCAAGCAGCAUCAGGCGGAGCACUGAGACCGGAAUCGCUGUGGAGAUGAGAAGCAGGGUGACGCGUCAAGGGAGUCGAGAAUCCACCGACGGCAGCACCAACAGCAACAGCUCCGAUGGCACGUUCAUCUUCCCCACUGCCAGGCUGGGGGCUGAGAGCCAAUUCAGUGACUUCCUGGAUGGCCUGGGGCCAGCCCAGAUUGUGGGGAGACAGACAUUGGGGACACCCCCAAUGGGGGAUGUUCAUAUUGCGAUGAUGGACCGGAGUGGUCAGCUUGAAGUGGAAGUGAUCGAGGCCCGAGGCCUUACCCCCAAACUGGGCUCUAAGUCCCUCCCAGCCACCUACAUUAAGGUUUACCUGCUUGAGAAUGGAGCCUGCUUGGCCAAGAAGAAGACGAGGGUGGCCAAGAAGACAUGUGACCCCCUGUAUCAUCAAGCCCUGCUAUUCGAUGAGGGUCCCCAGGGAAAGGUGUUGCAGGUGAUUGUCUGGGGAGACUACGGGCGCAUGGACCACAAGUGUUUCAUGGGAAUGGCCCAGAUCGUUCUGGAGGAGCUGGAUCUGAGCAAUGUGGUCACCGGCUGGUACAAACUCUUCCCCACGUCUUCUGUGGCCGACUCCACCUUGGGUCCCCUCACCCGGCGUCUCUCCCAAUCUUCCCUGGAGAGCUCGACCAGCCCCUCCUGCUCCUAGGGAGAUGGGGAUGUGGACCUCAGGAAGGCGAGGUCGGCGAAGGCAGGCCGGGAUGUGUGUGGGGAGGGAUGUGGGUCAGCCUCCUCGCCCUCCCCCAGGUGGCUCACUGUACAUAGCAUCUUGCCAUCUCUUCCUAGAACAACUUCCUCAUGCUCUACUGGCCUACACAUUUUGCUGUCUGGGCCAUCUCAGCAGGCAGGAGAAGACUCCUCUGUGUGUACGUGUGUAUGUGUGUGUGCGUGUACAUUUCUGGGUAUAUAUGUGUGUGUACACAAUCCAUGUACAUGUAUAUAUACGUAUACGUACACGUUUCGGUAUACCUGUAUGUGUACGUGUCUAUUUGUACAUCUCUAUGUAUGCACAUGUAUCCAGUCCAUGUACAUAUAUGUAUGUGUAUGUCCAGAGUUAAAGAAGCCGGGGCCGUCUCAUGCAUAUCCAGCCCCAGUGAAUGCAACAGUCCAGUCUCCAUGUCAUCGUGUCUCUUGGCUGAGGAGCCAGGCGUGUUUGUGUUGUCUUUCCUGAGGGUCUCUGAGGAGGGUGACCGUUCCACCGUCCAUCCAUCUGCCUGACUCCACUGCCUGUAUCGUGAGCUUCCUCAGUUUCCCUUCCACUGUGCUGGUUUCCCACCUGUUUUUCCUUCUAGGAAAAGAUCUGACCAAACGAACCCUCUUGAGCACUGUUGGCCCACCCCUCCCUUUUGGGGAACGUAGCGCCCGAUGUAGCCUGCCGCAGGCAGACCUCACCCUUGCUGCAGACCUGCUGGGGGAGUUCUCCCCGACCCAGGAGCCUCUGCCCACUGAGGGCCUCCUUCCUCUUCUAGCAUCUUUCCUCAGCGCUGGCACCUCAUUCAAUGCAUCUUGUAGCAUGUAGUGCGUGCACAGGGCGAGGCUCGCAAGGGCAAACAAAGGGGCCUGGAGUGCUUAGGAAGCUAAGACCUCUUGUGCCUCCCCGAAUGGUCCUGGAUUCAUCAUUCGCCCUCCUUGCAUGUGAAACAUCUUCCAUUCCCGUGUAGCUGCCAGGAGAUGCCAAGUGUCUUUCAUGACUGUGUCAUCCUGGGAGCAGGAGAACAGCAAUCAACACACCACUUGGCUCUCUGAUUCCCCUCUCUCAACUCACGAGGAGACUGUCCAUAUGGGGCCCUGGCUGGUGGUCAGAGAACAGCUUCUCCAAGAAUGGCUUUGAGCCCAUCAGAAGAGUGAUGUUCUGCUGCCAACUUUGAGCUGUACCUCAGAAGGACACCCCUCCCCAUCCCCCACCAUGGUAGUGGAGGGGGAUAAUUCCUGAAGAAAACCCUUUACCUCACUAAGGCUCUGUGGGUGACUCAGGCUACUGCUGACAUCAGACUCUAGGUUUGGAGGUGUUUCCACCAAAGAUCGAGCAAAGCCCAAGGGCCCUCCAUCUUCAGUUCCCUGGCACUAAGCCCCUCAUCUUUUGUGCCUGAGUGUCUCCAGCACUUGCUCCUCUCGUCUCUGAGGGUCUCCUCAGGGAAGGAGGUCCUCUACCCUUCUUCCAGGAGUGAAACAACUCAGUUCUCACCCUGGACCCCUGGGACUACCAAGACCACCAAUUCUUUACCAAGCAAUACGUGUCGCUUCCCAAGCCCUUGCCUCUUUUGACCCUCUGCUACUCCCUAAUGGAUUCUGGCCAGAGCUUGCCCAGGAGGUUGUGCACCAUUAGUCUCCUCUGGAUUUGCAUAUGUAUGUGCAUAUGUGGGGGAAAUCAGGCUAGCUCUGAGCAAAGGGUCUAUCCUUCUGUUGAGGUCAAAGCUAUGGUUCAAUGAUGGGACCCUUGAAAAACCCUUGUACCCUUUGGAUGCCACCCAGCCACAGGCACCUUGCUCUGGUUUGGAAUAAGUGACAUACUUGAACGCAGUAUCUGCCAGCCCUGCUUGGGACACAGGAAGAGCCCCUUCCCCUGGGCUGGGUUUUGUAGGCUCACUAUCGGGCAGUCUUCUGCCUCCUGCAUCCAGGCUUGGGAAUGUUUUCUUUUUGGCCACUAGGACCUUCUCAUUCUCUUGAGAAGUCCAUGCAAGGCUUUCUCUGGGCUGGAGGCAGAGCAUAUAUCUGAUUGAUAGAAUAUAAGGCAGGCCCAGGGAGGUGUUCUCAACACCAAGCCUGAGCUCUAGGGGUGGCAGAAUCAGGUCAUCUGGCUUUUCUCCUGUAGCUUUGAGGCUUUCUUCUAGGAAGUCUCCCUUUCAUGCCUCAGGAAGACAAGGCCUGUCAUUCUUCAUCAACAGGCAAAAGGGAAAUGUUACUCAGGCAAAUGGAGUUGGAGCAGCCGGAAGAAGGAUUCUGGCUAUGUGCUUUGGGCCAAACUUUUCCCAAAGCAGGGUGGGAGGGCAAUCAAAGACCCUAGCGGCACCUCCAAAGGGGAUCAUUUUCCUUGGCUGGGAUUGGCCCAAGAAUCACUGGGGGAACAAUUGAUGUCUGUGUUACCUAGACUCUGGCUGGGUGUCCUGACAGUGUAAGAGUGUGAGUGUGUGGGGGGUGGAGGGGAGCGCACAUGUGGUCACGCAUUUGCGGUGUAUGCCUACCUGCAAGUCACAAGGGUGAAGAGAAUAAGGAUUAUUCCAGAUAAUCCUGGAGCUUUGCCAGCUGACCUGAAAAAUGGGAGUCCCCAGUAAGGACGAAACCAUCCGUACCCUGUCUUCUUCCCCAGCCGAGUAGGAAGGGGUUUCCCCUUCUCAACUGAGAGGCUUGCUCUUCCCAAAGCUGGGGAAGGGGCUGGGAUGGUGAGCUUUUUGUCCCAUGUCAAAGAUCAGGGCCCCCUUGUCACAUUAUCUAGUCAUAAUAGAUGGCACAGUGAAUGGAUGUCUUUUUCUCAGAAACAAACACAGUCUGUCCCAAGUUCUCAUGAUCCCUUCUGAGUUCUCCCAAAGGCUUGUGGUCAAUUUGGGGUGACAUAGACACAGUCAGUGGUCACCCAGGGCCAAUCAGGUGGUGAUGCCAGUUGGGGACCCUGGUGGUCUUUGGGUGCAGCUGGUAUGGUCAUCUUCAGGGAGGUCACCCCUCAGGAGGUACUGCCUGGGGUUAGUGUCAACCUGUGGAUGGAUAGAGGGAGGCUAUAUUUGAGGAAGGAUGAUGAACACCUGGAACCCAAGAGGAGAGUGACCAGGAUGGAGGGGAGGUGCAAAAUUAUCUGUUAGAGCACUGACAGAAGGAACUAGAUUAAUUUAGUUUGAAGAAGACUUGGGGGAAAGGGGUUAUCACUGGAAGGAGGAAUCAGACCUGUGUUCUGCUUGAUCCCAGAGGGCAGAGCUAGAACCAGUGAGAGCAAGUUAGGAGGCAGCUUUCAGUGUGAGAGGUAUAGAGACAAUAUCCAUGUCUUCUUGGCUUUAAAGCUAGCUCCUCUAACCCCUAUACCAUGCUGCCUCUCUGCUAUAAAUCAGACUUGCUUCACAUUGGAAUGGACCUCCCUAGAAGGUAGUGAGUUUCAUGUCAUCAGAAAGGACCUUAAAGAUCAUCUGCUUCUAAAAUGAAGUCUGGGUCACCAGUCAGAGAUGCUAUAGAAGAGAUCUCUGGACCAGGUGCCUUCUGAGGUCCCUCCAGCUUGGUGGGAGAUGGGGGGGGCACAGAGUGACCAGGGAGUGUGUGAGCACACCCAGAGCUGAGACUUCUAUGACAGUGUAGUCACAGGCCAGGGUCCUCCUGAAGCCUAAUGUGUCACAUUCAGAGCCGUUAUCCACAAGUGCUGGCAUUGGGUGGCCUGUGGUGGCACUAUUCCCAGAGAGGGGGUUGGCAUUGAGGAAGGUUCAGCCAGGUCUUCGCCCUAUUGCCACCUGAAGGCUGGCCCUUACCUGACCAUGUCAAUCUUCCAUUCCUUAGUGCCUGGAUCAAAGGUCCCAUGGGAUGUGGCUAUACCUUCCCACUUACCAAUCCUUCUCUAAGGAAAGGGCAACAACCCAUUUUUCUUGGAAACCCAUUCAUAUGAACCAUUUGCCUAGUGUAACUUACUUUCCCAGGUGUGCAUGAGAACAUGGUCAUUCCGCACCUUUAUGUUCCUGUGUGCAUACCUGUGUGAUGUGUAGAUAGACUGUCUAUAAAGGCAUCUGUUUCUUGUGGGUGUUUGUAGCAUCAAUGUGGGGGUUCUAAACUUUGUAGCAAGUACCAAUCAGGGAGGUCUCCUUGGCCUUCCCACCUGUGAAGGGCACAGAGACACCCCAGACCUUGUGUCUGCUGCCUAGGAGUCAGAAUUUUGCUUGCUUGGCUCCAGCCUGGGGCAGACCUAAAGGUCCUCUCCUUAUAGGCUUAAGGAAGUUGUACCCUUUUGGCAAGGGGUGGAAAGUAAGCAAAAUUGCUUCAUUGCCUCUGCUCCCUUUUCUUAGUAAUUUACCCCAAUGCUAUGGGCACAUGAGCUGGUCAGCCAACUGUCAUCAGAGGCAAGAGAAGGGAGCUAGUCCCAAGGUCUACACAUGGACACAGCUUGGUCUAGACUUCCAUUCCUUUGUUCAGCUAGAGCCCAGAACUGGAAGGAGGCAGAAGCACUGAGUAUAGGCGAGUGCAGAAGGGUGCUCCCUUUAGCCUUCAAGGCAGUAGAUGGUGUCAGACAGCUGUGAGCUCCAAUACGGUUAUGACCAAAGGCGGGCCUCUUCACAAGGGUGGCCAGCAGAAGCUUGAUUUGGUUGGCUAAGGAGUUUGACCUAUUCUUUCUCGAGGCAGCAUCCUCCCCCAAGAAACUCAAGACCCCGUUCUGAUUUUCCAGUCUCCUAUGGGUAUUUGUUGGGGUGGAGAAGAUAGCUAUAAAAAUGUCAGAUGGCUGUCUUAGGGUGUAUCUCAGAGGAAGAAGAAAACCCCCUUCCAAGGGAAAGCAGGCUUCCUUUGGAGUAAAUCUACAAAAGAACCAUAGCUAGAAAGGACAGGAAGGCAGAUCCCCCUUGGAACUCUGGUCGAGACCAUUUCCAAGACCCUUACCCCUCCCUUCCUCACCCCCCAUUCCAUCUUGGAGAAUAUCACAUGUUAAUCAUCUCGGCAUCUGGCCCACAUCCUGGGGAAUGCUGGCGUUUCUCAGGAACAAGGCCUGGAAACUGGGUCCUCCAUGGAAUGGAAACCCACUCAGCUCACUCUUCCUGGACUCAUGUGGGCUGAUGAACUUGACCACUGCUCCAGGGAAAUUCCAGCAAGCAAAUCUUUGUGCCUGCUAUCCAGAGGAAGCAGAUGCAAUGUUCUGAAGGUACCACAUACUUCCAAGCAGAUUCCUUUGGAGAUGAGAUGUAGCACAACCCUACCCGAGAAGCAAUGCUGGGAGCCCUGUCAUACAGCUGGGGUCCUCUCCACCUCACCACUCACUAUUCCAGUGAUUGGCAGGACCCACUGGCCCACUCCCACUAAGGCUCUGGUUAUCAGGAUACCUCACAUUUUUAUAAGCAAAGAUGGUGGCAUGGCUUAAGCUGUGCUGUUUCAUUAUGUCUGUCAUCCUGUCUGUGUCUAGCAUCUAGGGAGGGGAAGGGAGGGCAUGCCUGGGGAAGGAGGCUACCAGUGCCUGAACAUCAAUGUGGAUUCCUGGUGGCUGGCAGUGGGCAUCUGAGGCUUUUGAGGAAGGUGAUGAAGCAGAUGUGGGAACCUUUUGUAUGUUGUCUAAGGCCUGGGACCAGGAGGAAAUGUCCCUAGCUCUCUUCUUGCCACCUCCCUUCAGAGCUUAUGGAAGGAGACACUGCUAUGUGCCUCAGCAAUGUUCCUUAGUCUGAAAGAAGAUGGGAACAUCCACUGAUGUUAGCCUGUCUGUUGCUCUCUGCAACACCCCUUUCCCCUUCAUUCCUGUAUGUUUCCAUUUCACAGAGAAUGGAAAAAGCAAAAAAAAAAAUUUUUUGUGCAAAGAAGAAUCACGUGCUGCAUCCGAAAAUACGUCUGUGAUGUUCUGUAACGACUUCUCCAGUUCCCGCAGGGGGUUCUUUCUGAGGCCUGGAUGCUGACUGAAAGGCCCCAGUCCUGCUGGGAAAGGAUUGCUCUGUCAGAGAGACGUUAAGUCUCAGAGCGAUGUUUGCGAUGCCAAAGAGGGCACCCUGGCUCCCUUUGGAGAGAGCUGCUCUUGUUGAACCGCCCUGAUGCCUCGCGAACGUGAGCACUUUUGAUGCUGGUGGCCUUGUUUUCUUUAAAAGGGCUCAAUCUUUCUGUGUAGCAAAAUCUGUCCCCUCUGCAUCAUGUCCCCCCCCUCCCCGGCUUCUUCCUUCACACUGCCACAGACAUCAGGGAAACCCAGGAGUUCAGCUCCCGUACCCCCAGAAGACCUCCAAGUUGGUGCAGGAGGCAUGAACAACCCACUCCUCACCCCUGAAAAAAUAUGUCAUCACCUGGAAGUUUUCUAAGUUGGAAUUUAAAAUGAUGCUAGCAGGUGGUGCUGAUGAGUAAAACACUAAUGAGGCAAGGAGAGCUUGACCAGUCAGGAGAGCUGAACAGCGGCCCAUCCGCUCAGGGGUCCUGAGAAGCAACUGGUCACAAGCCAGAGAUUAGAGGAGGCAUCAGGGUGUCCCAGAACCCUGGACUGAGCAUCAGGAGGCAAGAGUUCAAAGUUCUACCACUAAUUGGCUCUAUGCGUGUGUGUGUGACCUUAAGCAUAUUUCUGCCCUUCUCUAGACGUCAGUGUCAAAUUGGGUGGGGAUGAAUUAUAUGAUUGUUAAAGGGCUCUUCCAGUGAAAACUAGAAGAUCUCUAAGGGUCCCUUCCAGCUCAAUCAGAAGAAAACUGAGCUGAGAAGAUGGUAUACCCCACCCAGGAUUAGGAGCUGUCCAGCCUGACCCCAGGUUACCAUCUUCUAGAGAUCAGCUAGUAACACCGGUGCCCGCAUGCUGCUUUUGAGGAGAAAACCAAAAAUUUUCACUUAAUUUUAUACCCUUCCUUUGAAGGAGCUAUACUCUUAACUCCUUCCUUUUCUUUCCCCACCAGGAUGAAAGAUAAAGGGUACCUUCAAAAACCAUCCCAGUCCUGCUGAAAAUUCUCACGUCUCAAGGUGCUAAUGUGUCCUGAUCUUCCUCCUGGCAGUUUUAAACUCCUCCUAGGGUUCAGGGACCAUCGUGGUGCUGGUCUCUCUUGUGAUUCUUGCUUCCCUGGAGCCCUCCAUGAAAAUGCUAAAAUUACAGACACCUUAGGCGUGGGGGAGGGGGAAGAAGAGAUCAGCCCUUGCCAAUAAUCACCUCAACAAAGUUUGGGUUUGGGUUUAUUAUUUAUUUUAGUUAAAACCAUUUCUCCUCUGCCAAGACACUCUUCCCCAGCCCCACCAAAUUAGCAUUUUCCAAACCAGGUUGUGUAGAAGCAUACUGUCUAAAGGGAUGUGAACAGGGUUCCCUGGAGAUUAUCAUACUAGUGAUAACUCUAAAACAUCCUUUAAAGGAUCUCUAUUUCACCAGGGUGUUUAGGAGGGGAUCCUUCUCCACUGAUGCCUUUGGCAGUCCCUCUAUGACUUAGUAGGCAAUUUCAUAAGUUGAAUUUUAUUAUUUUUUUGGCUACAGCAUCACCUUGUGGUCUUCAGAUGAACCUCUAGAAUAUGUCCAGACCUGCGAUUUUCACCAGUGUUGGAGACACCUGGUGAGAAGGCAACUGCUUAGCAACUCACAAUCUUAGAGCACUGUAUGGGGGGUGGGCAUUGAGAGGUUGUGACUUGCCUAGGUUCACACAGCUAGUUUCAGAGGAGUACUUGAACCCAGGUUUUCCUGGCUCUGAAGUCAGCUGGUCCUUUACCACUAAGCUACACUGCCUCUCAAAUAUAUUAUGAAUAAAAAGUACUUGAGGAUUCCUCAUGAAAUGAGCACCCCCAUCCACUGACAGUGUUUCAGUGACUUAGAAUUAGUGGCCAAAAAAAUCACAACCUCCAAUUAACCUGGUGACAAGCCUAAGACCUAAGCCUAGAUGGUCCUCAGAUGACACACCGAGUUCAUCUGAGUUCCAUAGAUGAUGGAAAAUGACAUUGCAUGUGGCAAUAUUUUGAUGUGAAAAAUUUCCCUAAGUUGGUUUUAUGUCAAGGGUAUUCCAGAUGCUUAGACAAGUACUCCUCGGUUCCCUCACUCUAUUUGAAGCUCCCAUGGGCUCUGUGGCCAAAAAAAAAAUGGGAAGCAUGGCUCUAAAAGAAUGGAAUUCAACUAAUUGUUUGUUUAGAAAAAGCAGUUGAAAUGGUCAAUUCUGGAAAAUCAGUGUGAAGGAGGAGUUAAAUUAAAAAAAAAAUCCCCAAAGCUGAGGAGGGACUUAAGGGGACUAACCAAGUGUACUAAUAUGAUAAAAACUAAAGGCAUUUUAGAGCUGUGGUCUGUAAUGUGUCCUCUGCGUGUGCGUGUGCGUGGGAGGGGGAGGGGGAGGGGGGAAUCUUUUGAACAUGCAUAUUUUUGUGGUUCUGUGCAGCAGGCUGAGGGCCGGGGAAGGGGUGCAUGCUCUUUUGUACAAUAUUCUUGCCAAUUUCCCCAAGGAGAAAAUUCUUUUUACGGCUUCUCCCUGCAUGUACAGUAUUUGGGCAGCAAGUAUGGAUGAUUAAAGUCAAGUCUG